UACGCGUCAUGGACAACGUACCUGUUGCGAGACUUACUAAAGUCUGCGACUUUCCUCCAGGACAAAGUGGAAGGGUAAAUGUAAAUACUCCUAGAGUGACAGCCUGUGUCUUGGUUCUAAACGUUGAGAAAAAUGUGGCAAGAAAUUCCCCUUGCUCAUUGUAUGUGACUGAUUUCACAUUCAACCCUCAAACCUACUCUGACCUAAGGCCAAAUAGGUAUAUCUGGGACGAUUACUCAGUACCGCUUGGUAAGGUUUUGAAAAUAUCAGUAUUCAAUAGGUAUUUCCGGGAUCUUGACGAUGAGUACGAACUUAGAACUGGUCAAGAGUUGGGAUUAAACCAGUGGUAUUUAGAUAUCCCCGAGGGUCAACACCAGAAAACAUCGUUUCUUAGAAAAUUACUUAUUUUAAACGUGGAAAUUGAUCUUAGAAUGUACCUAGAUAGCUUAGAAUGCAAUUCGUAUAGUUUUAAUAUUGCAGAUCCAACCGACAAAAGAAAGGAAGUACAGGAUUUGUUUGACCGAAUGGUAAAUGAAUUACCGCUAGAAAUAUUUCAAGAAAACCAAGAUAUUGCAGGAAAACUAAUUCCUUCAACCUUUUUAUUGAGAGUUUUACCUCAGUACUCCACUCGGUUAUACCAACAAACAUAUGCUAAUGCUCGUGAUUCCCAUCAACAAUCAUAUAAUAGCACUAAUAAUUCAUACCAACCUAAAGUUCACUAUUCCAACAACUCAACCCAAAUCCGACAACAUCAUAAUACUCAAACUAUCGAAGAAUACCACACAUUUAAUGAUUUCGUUGAGGACUUGGAACAUCAUUCUGAUUAUAUCAGCACACCAGCUCCAACCAUGUCUCAUACAAAGCCCGUGAGGGUUAAGAAGGAAUCUUCACAGCCAAUCUACCAAAUCCACCAGCUACUUGGAUUGAAUGCUGAUGCGCCUAAUCAGGUGUACACCGUUAAUGCUAGGGUUAUUGAUACAAGUCCAUCGGAUUGGUCAUUAUUAUGCGGGAAACUAUAUGGAAUAAAAAAUGGUAAACCUGAAGUUAUGGAUCCAGCUCCUCUUGACCUAGAAUUGAUUUUAGUAGAUGCAACUCUGAAUGAUAAGGCAAUAAACUGCAGGAACUCAUUAAGUGUUCACUUACCAGGUAAUUCCGUAAUGGAAAUGUUAGGAAUCCAUGCAGUAGAAGAAAUGUAUAUAAAUGUUUCGUCAUUAUAUGAAAGGUUUAUGAAAUAUACUGCAAAGCCACACAAAUUAGAACUUUGCAGAAAGCCAGUACCAUUGAAUGGAGAAGAGACUAUAGAUGCAUGGACUAUUUUAAAUCCAAAUGUGAUUAGUUUGUGAAGAGUAACUGAUUUGAUCAGAAAUCUUUCUGUUCGAUAUGCUUUUUGACUGUAUAUGGAUGUUUUUUUGAAGGUUUCUUUAGAUUAUUUGGCCCCAGUUUAGUUUAUGAAGUUAUUUAUACAUGGAAUAUGAUUACAGAUCAUAUUCUAUAUUUUAAUGAUUGGUAUUGACGGAACUAAAUAUAAGAAGUUCCAAUUUUGCAAUUGGAGGAAUCAGAUACUACUGAUUAUAUAUCUAAACCAUUCUUAGAAGUUUACUUUCUAUUGUACUUAUAUUGUUUAGUUUAUAUAUGAGAAUCAAACAAGGAAACCAUCUUUUGUUUGAAAGUUGCAAAAGCAUUUUCCUUUGUUAUUUUCUGAUCCUG